UUCUGGGUGAUCUUUGGGGAAAGUGGUACGUCUUGCGGAGCAACAAACCCCCCAUAAAACGAAGACGGCUAAGAACCCACAUCCAGUGGGUCUGACCAAGGUACAAGAUGUGGUCUGAUCAGACCGUGCUAGUGUGGAUGGGCGUGAUAUGGAUUGUGCUGAAAUUUCAAAAUGGUGUUGCAGGGAAAUAUUCCUGCCCCAAUGGGUUCUUCACAUGUCGAGAUGGAGAGUGCAUCCAUGAUGCAAAACACUGUGAUGGCCGUGAAGACUGCAAAGAUAAUUUUGAUGAAUUUGGCUGUGAUAUAGUGACCUGCAAGGCACCUGUUUGGUUUCGCUGUCACAAUGGACGCUGUGUGAGCAGUAGUUUUCACUGUGAUGGUGCUGAUGACUGUGGUGAUUGGUCAGAUGAAGAAGACUGCUCUUCAAUUGGAACACCACCAGCAAACUGUUCACUAGGCCAGUGGCGCUGCGUUGACAACAAUUGUAUCCUGGAAGAAUGGGUGUGUGAUGGAAAGCAAGACUGCAUGGAUGGAAGUGAUGAACUCCAGGGGUGUACUCUUACGAUGUCCUGUACAGAUGGAUUUUUAUGUGAUAAUCAUCAUUGCAUUCCAACUACAUUCAUUUGUGAUGGUUCUGAUGACUGCGGAGAUAACAGUGAAGAAUUACACUGCCCACGGGACCGUCAUGUAUCUCCUGAGGAAUGCAUUUUGGAACGGAACUUGUUUCUCUGUGCUGAUAAAUUUGAAUGUGUGGAAGUUGGAGAACUGUGUGAUGGUGUGGAACACUGUCGAGAUGGCUCAGAUGAAGGCCCAGCAUGCAAUGUGAGCAUUGCAGCCUGCAGCACUGCAGGAUGCAGUCAUCGUUGUGUGGGUUCUCCUCGUGGGCCUCUGUGUAUCUGUCAAAUUGGUUAUGAGAUUGUCAACAAUAAAACAUGCAUUGACAAAGAUGAAUGCUUGGAAUAUGGCAUCUGUGAUCAAAGAUGUAAAAAUCUGCAGGGAAGUUACAGCUGCUACUGUGAUGAAGGAUAUGAACUCGCAUCUGACAAGCAUUCCUGCAAAGCUACAGGUGCAGAUGCUUUGCUUCUGUUUUCAUCUUCGAAAGAGAUACGUGGUCUUUACAUUCACAAGCGAGUUUAUUAUGUGGUUGCCAGAAACUUGGAUCAUGUUGUGGGUAUCUCUUAUGAUGGCAUCCAUAUUUAUUGGACACACCUAGUGUCUGGGGAGGAAGCAAUUAUGCGUAGCAAGGAAGAUGGAUCUAACAUGGAAAUAGUUGUGGAUGCAGGAGUGUACCAGCCUGAAGAUCUUGCUGUAGACUGGGUUACGGGCAACAUAUAUUUCACCGAUGUUGAUGCACAGCAUAUUGGUGUAUGCACAAACAAUGGUUCAUUUUGUACUGUAGUGAUCAACGAAGAUAUAGAAAAACCACGCGGUAUUGUUUUGUUACCUACUGAAGGGUUGAUGUUUUGGUCAGACUGGGGAAAUGUGCCUCUGAUUGGUAAGGCAGGAAUGGAUGGAUCCAACCCAGAAGCAUUUAUUUCAACAGAACUACACUUUCCUAAUGGUCUUACUGUAGAUUACCACAAUUCCCGUCUAUACUGGGUCGAUGCUAAACUGCUUGUUAUAGAAUCAGUCAAGCUGGAUGGAUCUGACAGAAGGAUUAUUUUGAAAGAUGCCGUGAAGCAUCCAUAUGCAAUUGCAGUGUUCGAAGACACACUCUAUUGGUCAGACUGGCAUGGACGUGAUAUUCAAGCUUGCCACAAGUUUACUGGGAAGAAUCAUCGUGUGAUAAUUCGUGAAAAGUCCAGAUCAAGUUUUAUUUAUGGUGUCCAUAUUUAUCAUCCAGCCAUGAUGCCUUCGUUCCAGAAUCCAUGUAAGAAUGCACCUUGCAGUGAAAUUUGUGUUCUGGCUCCAAAUAAAACCUAUAGUUGUGCCUGCGGAGAGAGUCAAAUUCUUGGAGCAGAUAAACAUACGUGCUAUGAGAGAGCAAACAGACAUGAGCUGAUGAUGGCAGCAGGAGGUCAUAAACUUCUUGCUCUUGGUCACCAAGUUCUAGGAAGACAAACGUUUUAUGAGAUGUCAUUAACACUGAUCCAUACAAUUGGGGCUGUAACUUAUGAUUCACUUACAGGAUAUGUAAUCAUAUUUGAUUCUGAGCAGUACAUGCUAUUCACACUCAGUAUCGUACCGAGAACAGUAUUACACCAUCUGACAACAGUAACUGGAAGUAUCGAUUCAAUGGACUUCGAUUAUAUGGGAAAUAAUUUGUACGUGUGUAAUGGUGUAAAGGGAGCUGUGGAGAUAAUGAGCCUCUCUUCACUAGAAAAGACUGUAUUGCUUCACAGUUCAGAAGGAGAAGUUCCUCUUGAUGUUGCUGUUGUCUCAGAGGAAGGAAUAAUGUUUGUAGCAUUUUCUCGCCAUGCAUUUAAAGGGACCGGACCUCAUAUUGAUCGUCUGAAUAUGGAUGGCAAAGGAAGCCGUAUUCACGUAGUUGAGACUGGUUUGGGUGGUCCAGACAUUUCAUUAUACUAUGAUGAGGAAUUGCACAGGAUCUUCUGGACUGAUCCAAAAAAGGAAGAGAUUUCUAGUGCAGCAGUAGAUGGUAUGGACCAACAUAAAUUCAGAACUGAAAUUGGUUCUCCUUAUGAUAUUUCAUCACUGGCUCAUGAUAUGUUUUGGACACACUGGGGACUUCCUUACAUUUACUGGGUGAAUAAAUACAAUGGUCAUAGUAGAGUGAAGCGAAUACGUAUUGAUAAUGAUGUAAAUGCACUCAAGUUAGUAGCAGUACGUAGCACCCGGGCAAAACCAAAUCAUCCGUGUCACAGAAAGAAUGGAGGAUGCAGCCAUAUUUGUGCAGCAGUUCCAAAACGCGCAGUUUGUUUGUGCCCACUUGGAAUGAGGCUGACUCCUGAUAAUAAAACAUGUUCUGCAUUUGUUCACUGUUCUAAAGAUAUGUUCAAAUGCAUAACUGAUAACAUCUGUAUUCCUGCCAAGAAGAGGUGUGACGGAAAACGUGACUGCCCACAUGGUGAAGAUGAACUAGACUGCAAGUCAAAUAAGUGUUCAGAUAGCCAAUUCGCUUGUAACAGUGGACAGUGCAUUUCAAUUGGUAAGAAAUGUAAUGGUGACAAGGACUGUUUGGAUGGAAGUGAUGAAUUUAACUGCAAGCCUGUAGAAUGUGACAAGGAUACUCAGUUUGCGUGCACGUCUGGUGAAUGUGUUGUCAAGAGCUUGCACUGUGAUGGUGCUGUAGAUUGUGCAGAUGGAUCAGAUGAAGAAGACUGCUUUGAAGCUACUUGCAAACCUGAUGAAUACAGAUGUGCUGUUGGUCAAUGCAUUCAUAAGGACUGGGUAUGUGAUGGGCAGUCAGAUUGUGUGGAUGAUUCAGAUGAACGUAACUGUGCUCCUGUGACCUGUGCAUCUGGAGCAUUUUCCUGUAGCAAUGGUCGCUGCAUUGACAAUAAUCUUCUUUGUAAUGGUGAUGAUGAUUGUGGAGACAGAUCAGAUGAAGAGCCUUGUGAAACUGUAGAACAUAACACGCCCUCAAGACCUUGUUUUUCUGAGGAAUUUAAAUGCAUUAUUUCUGCAGAUUCAUUUACUUGUGUUCCUACAGCAGCUAGAUGUAAUGGUUCAGUUGAGUGUCCACUGGGGGAUGAUGAGAAAGACUGUGAAAUUUGUGAGGAUUUUGAAUUUAAAUGCCACAAUGGAAGAUGCAUUCUUGAUGAUUGGGUAUGUGAUGGAAUGGAUGACUGUGGUGAUGGUUCAGAUGAGGAUAUUUCAAGUUGUCAUAAUCAACAUACAACCGAAGGCACUACUGAUCCGUGUAUGGAAUAUUCUUGCAAGAAUGGGCAGUGUAUUUCGAUGUCUUUAGUUUGCAAUAAGGAACAGAAUUGCCGUGAUGGUUCAGAUGAAGGUGGUCAGUGUGAUUCAUCAUGUGGUCCAGGAUCACCUUGUAAAGACAUUUGUCAUCCUACACCUGGAGGUCCAAUAUGUGACUGUUCAGAAGGUUACAAAUUACAAAAUGAUGCAGCUGGGUGUGUUGAUAUAGAUGAAUGUCGGGAUAAUGAUGCAUGUGCUCAGGUGUGCAAUAAUACACGUGGCAGUUUCUUAUGUUCUUGUGACCCCGGCUUUCAGCUUCGAUCAGAUCGUGUAUCUUGUAAGGCAAUUGGAAAAGCAAUGCAGUUCAUAUUUUCAGCAGGACAUCAAAUCAGAAAAGUAUCACGUGAACUUCGUUUCAUAGAUGUAGUGUUCACUGAUUCUGGAUAUGAUGUAACAGGACUGGAUGUGGAUUCAGCGUUGAGUCAAGUGUACUGGAGCAUAGAUGUAACAGGGACAAUUAGUCGACUGUCACUGCUUGGAGGGAAAAAAGUUUAUGUAACUGGCAUUGGAAGUCCAGGAGACAUUGCUCUUGACUGGAUCACGAAAAAUGUUUACUAUGUUGAAAAAACCAUUCCCCAGACAAUACGAGUGUGCAACUUGGAUGAAAAACGUUGUGCAACAGUGGCUUCUGUGGAGCAGACCUAUACUGUGACCAAACUUGCAGUGGAUCCCAUUGCUGGAUAUUUGUUUUGGGCAGUGGAAAGCAGCUGGAUUUUUCAUGUGCCCACAAGUGACAUAUAUCGGUCUGACCUUGAUGGUAGAAAUAAAGUGAAUCUGGGAAAAUUCCGUUUCAUGUUUGUGAGUGGUCUGACAUUGGAUCUGGUACGAAGGAAAAUAUAUUUAGCUGAUGGAUACAAGCACUCGAUUGAAAGUAUGAGCUAUGUAGGAAUGGAUUGGCAUGCUGUUAUAACUACUGAGUAUGUGCGAAACCCCAUUGACUUGGCUUUAUUUGAAGGAGUUCUUUAUUGGUUGAAAGCUGGGACAGGGGAGCUAACAAGUUACAAACUUUAUGGACCGUAUGUGAGACGAAUUGGAAAACUCCAGUUAUAUCAUUAUAAUACUGAACACUUUGCUUUUCUUCAAUCAUCUGCACAACCCAGAGUUACAAAUCCAUGUGCCAAUCACUCAUGCAGUGAGAUGUGUGUACUAAGUGCUGGUGGAACUCCUGCAUGCCUUUGCUCUAAUGGAACUGUGGUUGUAAAGGGUGAAGCAUGUCCAUCAAAGGAAGGUGAUGAAGAUGAUGAACCAAGAUUCCAUGGUGACACUAGACACCCUGACAAGCAUGAUGAAAAGCCGGAAAAUACGAGCAGUUCUAAAUAUGUAAUUCUUACAGUGUUUCUUGUCAUUGUAAUUGUGGCUGUGCUGUUAGGUGCAUAUUACUACAGACAUUUAUGGUUCAAAGGAAGAACGUUAGACUUCAGACUGCAUUUCCAAAAUCCCGCAUUUGGUUUGCGUACUGAUGAGUCUAGCUUGGUGGUACCUACUCCAGAAAUGUUGGUUCCUGGACAGCAUGAAUAUGCAAACCCGAUGGAGGGUUCUGGAAGUAAUGAGGAACUUGCCUCAUGCAGUCAUCAUGCAGAGUCUUUGGUGACUCUGAAAAUUCCACAGCAGUCUGCUGAUUGUCCAGAGCUGGAAGAUGAUACAGAAGAAGUAUCAGGGAGAAAGGACGAUAUGAAACUACCUCUUAUUCCCUAAACAGCUACUGUUGGCUUUCUGUGCCAGCAUAAACAGACUAGUCAUUGUUAUAAACUGGUUAGUUUAACACGUCAUUUUGAUGUGCAUUUAAGAGACUCAGUAUUUAUGUAUAUUUAAUAUGUUUUAUAUAUUUGUUGUUAGAAAAAAUGUAUUUUGAGACUGAAUUCUUUUGUGUUAUUAUAUAAAAGUCUCAACACUUAUAUUGUAAAUUGACUUGUAAACAUAUUUGUAGCUAAUAUAUUUAAAAGCAUAUCUGUUUUGUCAUACUAGAGACACCAUGUAUUUGAAAUUGUUUCUCAUGAAGAUGAAUAUUUUGUGAAAUAUAUUUAUUAUUAAUUUUGACAGUGACUUUGUAAUUGCCAGAUUUGUGAGGAAAAUGGAGUGAGUUUGUUACUUUUGGUCACGGACUAAUAUUAUUUGGGAAGGAAUAAUAAAAGAUAGGUGGAACAUAUUGGCUGCCAGUUA